UUGCGGAGAUCGCAAUGACCGUCCUCGUUCAAAAAUCCAAAGCUCGCGCUGCUUCCCGUGCUGCUUCAGCCAGCUCCGCGCAUUUUGGAUUCUCUCUGGAAGCUUGUGCGCGCGAGAGAGAGAGAGAGCGAGAGAUGUAUAAAUUACGUCUUGUCAAUGUUUUUAAAAGGCUUGUUUAGAUUGACGACGUGGCUUAGAGAAUCACUAGUUUUUGAAAACAGAGAAGGCUUCUGAUACGUGAAGAUGGGCUUGUUUCCAUGGCAGACUGGCAGACUGGAGCCUCGCGCAGGGGGGAGAGGGCAUGGGGCACAUUCUACCGCAGAGCGUCACGGCACUGCAGAGGUCGGAGAGCAGAAGGUGGCGCUCAUCCUCGGCGUGACAGGCAUAGUGGGCAACUAUCUGGCUUCGCUUCUUGCCAAGCCAGAUUCCUACGGAGGGCCUUGGAAGGUGUAUGGUGUGGCCCGUCGGCCCAGGCCGGAAUGGGUCCCGUCCAAUAUAGAGUACAUGCAGGUGGAUCUUCUGGAUAGACAGCAGACGUUGGCAAAGCUUGGAGCGUUGGAGGAUGUCACCCAUGUAUUCUGGGUCACUUGGGUGCAAGGUAAAACGGAGGCGGAGAAUAUAGAGUUGAAUAGCAGGCUGCUGCAGAACUCGAUUGAUGCUCUGCUUCCAAAUGCCAAGAACUUGCAGCACAUCGUAUUGCAGACCGGUGGCAAGCAAUACACCGGCCCUUUUGAGCUCGCGGGGAAAAUCCAACCGUGCGAAUCGCCAUUUGUGGAAGACGUUCCGCGUCUUCCUUGCGACCAAUUCUACCACAACCAGGAAGAUAUUGUGUUCGAAGCCGUCAAGCAGUCUGGUGGCCGACUUACGUACUCCAUCCAUCGACCUACGAUCAUAUUCGGGUUCGCAGCUGGGAAUUUGAUGAACUUGGUGGGGACUUUGGCAGUCUAUGCUCUAAUUUGUAAGCAGGAAGGGAAGCCACUUGUAUUUCCUGGCAACCAAUUUACUUAUGAACGUUUGUUUGAUGCGUCGGAUGCUGAGCUCAUAGCUGAGCAAGAAAUCUGGGCUUGCGUGGAACCGGCGGCUAAGAACCAAGCCCUUAACAGUUCCAACGGGGAUGUGUUCAAAUGGAAGAAGCUGUGGAGGCUUCUGGCGGAUUAUUUUGGAAUGGAGGUUGGCGAGUAUAAUGGUAAUUCAAUUUUGCUUGAUGAAUUUAUGAAAGGCAAAGAGGAUAUGUGGGACCAGGUUGUGAAGAAGUACAAUCUAGAGCCUGUCAAGCUUAACGACAUCGGCCACUGGUGGUUUGCGGAUUUGAUCCUGAACCAGUCUGCUGAAAACGUGAGCAGCAUGAACAAGAGCAAGGAGCUCGGUUUUCUGGGCUGGCGCGACACGGAGAAGAGCUUCUUGUCAGUCCUGGACAAAAUGAAGGCCAACAAUUUGAUUUCUUAAAUUUUUAUGCUUGUGUCUUUGUCCAUCAACCUGUGGAAGAGAGCGUGUCGCGCUAUUGUAAUUGCUUCUCAGGUUUUUCUGCAGUCGACGGGUAUGUAGAUACGAUGUGGAUGCGUGUUGAUAAGGUUCCUUGCGACGCUGUGUGUCACUUAGCGUUAAGUGAAACGCUUGAUUCUAAUUGCAGUGACACUAUACAUUUCCAUGAGCUAAGACGAUCGCCAUAAAAUGGCACGAAGUGUCUUUGACGAUGCUGACAUGUGCCUCCUAACCUGUUAACGGAAGUAGAAUUUUCAUCGCUGAGUAAAGUUUUAUUGGUGUGUAUGCAAGACCUCGAAUAAAGCAUAUGCGAUUGCCCACAGAGGGCUGGUGUAUUUUCAGAGCCUUUUGCAGCAUUUACAUGA